CCUGAAGGUUUUCCCGGCCCUUUACCUGCAACAAUAAACUAUCAAUCAAUCAAUCAAUCAAUCAAGAAAUGUGAAGAGGCAGCCACGGACGGACAAGUGGGGCCGUUGGCGCGGCGGGAGGCAGCGGCCAGCAGGGUGUGUGUGUGUGUGUGUGUGUGUCGCCGAGCUGCUCAGCCUGAAGGUUUGCCGCCGCUGGACGUGAAGUCACUUGUCACUGCACUGCAUCCAGGGACCAAAAAGAAAUCCAUGAUUGUCGCUGUCUGCACCAUGUUUGUUUACGUCUCAAAGCAGUACUCUUGAGUCUUAAGAGGGACUGUUCUGCCACGCUGGUGCUGUGCAGAAGUGAGGGUCUGAGGCGGUGCUGUGCUCAGCGCUCCCUGCGUCCUCACUGCCGCUGCCAUCUGUUGCAGUGGAGGCUUCAAGGCAGGGCAGCAGCCUGAGUGCCCGGGACCAGCAGGAGCAGACUGUCUCUGGUGUGAGGAUCAGGGGUGAUCAGGAGAGCCACCACCACCACCACCACCUUGCUGCUGGCACCUCCAGCCAUAAAGGAAAGGGAAAGUUUGAGUGCAGGAAGACUUGAGACAGAACAGGACCACUAGACACAGCCUUGCACACACUGCUGAAGGAAACCAUGACUGGCAAGAGUGUGGGAAAAGACUCUCUGGGAAGGGUGACCUCACCAAGUACACCCACACACUAUGGAGGAAGACCUCAUGAAUGCCGUGAGUGUGGCAAAAAGUUCAGUAGGAAGAGUACCCUCAACACACACACCCUUACACACACUGGUGAAAGACCUUAUGAAUGCCGUGAGAGUGGGAAAAAGUUCAAUAACAAGAGUACCCUCAAGGCACACACCCUUACACACACUGGUGAAAAACCUCAUGAAUGCCAUGAGUGUGGGAAAAAGUUCAGUACGAAGAGUCACCUCAACACACACACCCUUACACACACUGGUGAAAGACCUCAUGAAUGCAAAGAGUGUGGCAAAAAGUUCACUCAGAAGAGUGCCCUCAACAGACACACCCUUACACACACUGGUGAAAGACCUCAUGAAUGCAAAGAGUGUGGCAAAAAGUUCACUCGGAAGAGUGUCCUCAACACACACACCCUUACACACACUGGUGAAAGACCUCAUGAAUGCCAUGAGUGUGGCAAAAAGUUCACUCAGAAGAGUGACCUCAACACACACACCCUUACACACACUGGUGAAAGACCUCAUGAAUGCCAUGAGUGUGGCAGAAAGUUCAGGUACAAGAGUACCCUCAUCACACACUCCCUUACACACACUGGUGAAAGACCUCAUGAAUGCCAUGAGUGUGGCAGAAAGUUCAGGUACAAGAGUACCCUCAUCACACACUCGUUUACACACACUGGUGAAAGACCUCAUGAAUGCCAUGAGUGUGGCAGAAAGUUCAGGUACGAGAGUGACCUCAACACACACACCCUUACACACGGGCAACAUUCAGCGGAGUUUUCUGGCUUUGAGGAAAAUAACAGUGAGCUGCAGAAUAGAUUAUUGCAGAGAAGAGUGAAAGGGUUGGAGAGUGAUUUUGAGGUGGUGAUGAAGAUGGUGAGUGAAUUGAGAAGGGAGAGAGAGGAGGACAAGAGAAAGAUAAGUGAUUUAGAAGCGAGGGAGGUGGAGCUCAGGGAUCAGCUGACGAAUUGCAUUGGGUGGGUGAAGGUGGAAACGUUGAAUAAAGAACAGAAUAAGUGGGAGGAGAAGCGAAAUGAUGAAAAAGUGGAAGUGCAGCAAAGAGUUAAGAAAUUGAAACAGAAAGCUGAUGGUGGUGGAGAGAUGAUGCAGAGGGGGAGUGUGCAGAACUUUAAGGAGAUUGUGGAGGAGCAGCUGGAGGAGAGGAUGUCUGAGAAGGUGAUCAAAGAAAAUGAGGGACUGGUAAGAGGCACAGUCAUUCUGUUGGACAUCAAGGAGGAGGAGACACUGAGUACACAGCUGUGAGGGAGAACAACCUGAGAAAUGCAGUGAGGAUGGUCUUACAAAGGGAGAAGACCCCGAGUACACAGCUGAGAGAUGCAGUGAGGAUGGUCGUGCAAAGGGAGAAGACCCCGAGUACACAGCUGUGAGGGAGAACAACCUGAGAAAUGCAGCGAAGAUGGUCGUGCAAAGGGUACAAGAAGUGGGAAGUUAUCUGCUGAAAGACAUAGAUGACUGUCAAGGAUUGGAAAAUACAAUGGCGAAAUAGAUAGACCGGUUAGAAUACGAUUGAAGGCACAGUGAAGCAGAUGCCCUGGCGGGAGAAGACACCAAAAUGAUGUGGCUGAGAAAAAAACAGAAUGAACAAGAGUGAGUUAAUUUGAAUGAACUUAGAGGUGAGGUUUGUGAUUUAAAUGAAAAGAGAUUGGAAGAAGAGAAGAGUGAGUUUUUUUGUAAAGUAAUGGAUAUGAAAGUGAGAAAGUGGUUCAUAGGGUUGAGAGGAAGGCGGGAAUGAAACUAACAGAAAAGGAGGAAGGGUGGAAAGUGACAUAUAUGAAUAUUUAUGGAAUAGUUUCAUUAUGGAUAGAGUUUAAUGACUAUUUGAGAGACAAAGAACCUGAUAUUGUGGGGCUGACAGAAACUAAGUUGUGUGACCCAAUUGAGGUGGUGGGGAUUGGAGAAGGUGCUUACAACAUAUGGAGGAGAGACAGAAAGAUAAAACAGGGAGGUGUGAUAUUGAUGGUUAAAAAAGGCGUUAGGGUGGAGGAGGUGACUGAGGGUGAAGGCUUGGCAGAGGUGUUGAAAGUGAAAAUUGUGGGAGCUGAAGGAAGAAGGAGGCAUUAUGUUGUAGGCUACAUGCCCCCAAGAACAAGCGCAUGGGGUGUGUGAAAAUAUGAACAAAUGAUACAAGACACAGUGAGUUGCCUGGAUGGAAUGUUGAGGAAGUGUGAGAGAAGAAUUAUAAUAGGUGAUUUCAACUGCAAGGAGGUGGAAUGGGAGGAUUGGCAGACGCAGGAAGCAGACGAGUCGUGGGGAGGAAGACUCCUGCACCUCCUGGUGGGGGGCAUCUGCCCAGCCCUGGGGAGGCAGGUCACCCGGGCAGGAUUGCUGACAUGGCUGGUGGUGCUUAGGUCGAUAUGGGGGCUUUCGAGGGGCCGCCUGGGUGUGCUGCCUCCCCAGGGCUGAGGAAGACACUGCCCAGACACUCCGUGCCCUUUACGGCCCUCCCCAACUGCCCAUUCCAUUUCUACCGGACCAAUAAAAUGAAAUAAUAAGAGAAGCGUUUGGGUGACCUCCUCAGUGUGGCAGCUGGUGUUCUCUUGAGUCAGUGAGUGAGUGGCCUUGGUGCUGAUCGGGUGUGUGUUGCGUCUAGCUCCACACAGAAAGUGUCGAUAUGGCUGUCAGGGCCAAGGGACUGGGGGAUCUGUGUUACGUCUGUGCGGAUUUCUCAGGCGAGAAGUGGAUUGGAUGCUGUUUGUGUACUAGGUGGUGUCAUGUGAAGUGUGUUAAUUUGACUGGAAUCAAGGAAAAUCAAUUGGAUAUGCACCCCAUGCCUCCAUAAAGCAUCUCUGACUACCAUCAUUAUUGAAAAAUUGGAUGAAUUCAAGCAAGAAUUAUCUAAAGAAAUAUCUGUGGUUAAGGAUAAGGUUGAAUCAAGGGGUGAGAAAGUGCAGGAAGAGCUGGGAUCAGUUGUUGACAUGCUUCCAGAACUGCCCGCCAAUUGUAAAAGGCGCACCUAACAUCACUGUAGCUGAUCCAGGAUUCAGUACGUUUCCUAACUAGUAGAAGCCCCGCUGGUGCUGUGCAGAAGUGAGGGUCUGAGGCGGUGCUGUGCUCAGCGCUCCCUGCGUCCUCACUGCCACUGACUUCUGUUGCAGUGGAGGCUGCAAGGCUGGGCAGCAGGAGCAGACUGUCUCUGGUGUGAGGAUCAGGGGUGAUCAGGAGAGCCACCACCACCACCUUGCUGCUGGCAUCUCCAGCCAUAAAGGAAAGUUUGAGUUCAAGAAGAAUUGAGACCAAGAGCAGGUCCACUAGACACAGCCUUGCAGACACUGGUGAAGGAAA